AUGGCUCAAAACGAGACUCCCAGGGCUCCAUACAAUAAUUGGCCCAACGAUGCGGGUUUUGAGGCCACUGUCGAGCAGCGUGAGCCCAUCGAAUUACCGGUAACCGGAUCGAUCCCAUCACGUCUUGCAGGCACACUCUACCGAACCGGCCCAGGGACGUACAAGGUUGGGGGUAGCAAUUUUCAGCGAAGCCACUGGUUUGACGGGUUCACACAUCUGCAUCGAUUUCAGCUGGUAGCGCAGCCAACGGGAACCUGCAAGGUGCUCUAUAACUCGCGACGUCAGGUAGAUGCCCUAAUCGAAGAAGCGCGCAAGUCGGGGACUCUAGAGGGCAUCACUUUUGGUCAGAAAAGAGAUCCAUGUGAGAGCAUCUUCAAAAAGAUUAAAAGCCUCUUUCGCCCGUCCAUUGAUAUGAAAGACCCGAACCUCGUCAAUGCCGGAGUCACUGUGCAUGCCAACGCCCCUCUUCAUCCCAAAGAAUUCGAUCCGCCUGUAGGAUCCGCGCAACUGCACAGUCUGGUCUCUUUAACCGAUGCCAACAUACUGAAACACAUCGACCCUGAGACUUUGGAGCCACUGGGAGUCACCCGUCAGGACACCCUACACCCUGACCUCAAAGGUCCACUUUCAUGUUCCCACGCCGCGUUCGACGCUGCGUCACGGGAUGUGUAUAACUACAACCUCGAUAUGGGGAGGUACGCAACAUACCGAGUAUUUCGGACCUCUGCCACCAGCGGUAAGACCGAUAUACUCGCGACGGUUACGGGACCAGCUGUCAAGCCAGCGUAUCUGCAUUCUUUCUUCCUCAGCCACAAUUAUGUGAUCUUGUGUAUCUGGCCAUGCAUCUUUGCUGCCGCCGGGGCUAAGAUUCUCUGGGAGCGCAACAUGGUGGAUGCUCUGAACUUCAAUCCUGCAAUUCAAACGCGAUGGUAUGUUAUCGACCGGAGGCAUGAGAGGAGCGUCGUGGCUACUUUUUUGAGUCCAGCCUUUUUCAGCUUCCAUACGAUCAAUGCAUGGGAGACAAACAACAGCGACGAUGCAGCCGACAUCAUGUGCGAUAUCAUCGAAUAUCCCACAGAUGAGAUCAUUCGGGCGGCAUAUUACGAAAACAUGGUUUCCACAGGCCAGGGCGCCGGCCUGUAUGGCGGCUCACGACCCAGAUUGGUACGCUAUCGCUUAGCCAACGUCCCCAAAAUAGGCCGAUUCGAAACGUCGGCUGGUGACGCCGACCUCCCCAGGGCAGAGAUCAUGCUUAAAAUUGAAGCUGACAUCGGUGAUCUCCCCACCAUAAAUCCUAAAUUUUCCACCAAGAGGACACGGUAUGUCUACAAUGUCAUCAAUCAAGAUAAGUCCUCCUUCGCUGAUGCCGUCGCGAAAGUCGACCUUGAAACGCAAGAGAUUCGGCUCUGGGAGCGUGAAAGGCAUACCCCCGGAGAAGCAAUCUUCGUCCCCGAUGGAACUGACGAUGCUGAGGAUGCUGGAUAUCUCCUGAGUGUAGUUCUCAACGGUGAUACGGGCACAAGCUACCUCAUUUGCCUCGAUGCACGAAACAUGACGGAGAUUGGUCGUGCUGACUGUGCUUCAGCGGUUGGAUUUGGCUUUCAUGGAUCCCAUUAUCCUUCACAUACCUAAGUUAGGCAAUAGUUUACCUUUUGAAGACCGUGGUCUCUCAAUGACCUUUUGAGGUAAAAUUAUGCUGUAAUCUUCAAGCCUUUUCGCCAUAUUCCAUUGUUUGCUUAGUGAAAGGGGGCUACCUUUGUAUGCUUGCCUAUAAUAUAAUGGCCCUCAUCAACCCCCCAAGAUCCUUCUGGUUAAGCACCCCAGGCGGUUUUCAAUCUAUCGUUCUAUUAGUCAGAUAUUUCUACAGCAGCAUUAGACACUGCUAUCCGAUGCCCGAAUUCUCAUCUAGAUCAUAAGUGUGCGCUAAUAAGUAUCGAGGUCUCGACUGAACCAGGACCAUAACAGCCCGGCUCGGGUGAGGGGUCAUCGAUCCUAUUUUACCACCGAGGACACGGAGCAAAGUCUCAAAAAUCAAAGGUUCUUUUAUUUCAUUUCCCCAGAGAGUUAGGUAUAAAGUCGUGAAAAUAUGGACUGACAUCAUCACAUAUAAAUACUGGCAUAACAUUUGGACUAUCAUAUAUCAAGCAAUGGCAACAGCUUAGUGGUGGAAGAGGCGUGUUCCCUGCUCGACAAAAACAAUGCCAAGCUUCUCCGCAGUCUCGAAGACGG